AUGCGUUCAUCGACAUUAUUAUGGCGAUUACUUUGCGUGCCGGUUGCUGCUGCGAUUACCGUUGAUCCCACCUCAGUCGACUCGAUAAAAAGCGCCGCGAAGACAGUUGCUCACGGGUUGAUGUCAUUCUACACUGGGAAUAACACAGGAGACACACCCGGAACACUACCACCACCCUAUUUCUGGUGGGAAGGAGGAGGCAUGUUCAUGACCAUGGUAGACUACUGGCGCUACACCAACGACACGACUUACAACGAUGUAGUAGAGCAAGCGCUGCAGUUCCAAGUAGGUCCCGACAACGACUACCUGCCUCCCAACCAAACCAAGAACGAAGGAAAUGAUGACCAAGGCUUCUGGGGCAUGGCAGCUAUGUUAGCCGCAGAGACGAACUUCCAGAACCCGCCCAAAGACAAACCACAAUGGCUAGCACUAGCCCAAGCAGUCUUCAACGAGAUGGCAGCGAGAUGGGACACGACGAGUUGCGGAGGAGGAUUGAGAUGGCAGAUCUUCACCUUUAACAAUGGCUUCAAUUACAAGAACAGCAUUGCAAACGGUUGUUUCUUCAACCUAGGCGCGAGACUUGCACGGUAUACGGGGAACCAGACAUACGCCGACUGGGCGGAGAGGAUCUGGGACUGGGAGCAAGGCGUUGGUCUAAUAGACGCCAACUACAACAUCUUCGAUGGAGCCUCCGACACCGAAAACUGCACCGUGGUAGAUAGACUUCAAUGGUCCUACAACGCCGGCAUCUACCUACACGGCGCGGCCAACAUGUACAACUUCACAAAAGCCAGUCCGAUCUGGGAAGAACGCACAGAAGGAAUCCUCAACGCCUCGAAAAUCUUCUUCCCAGCCAACAACAUAAUGACCGAGCAAGCGUGCGAGCAAUUCUCCACCUGCGACACCGACCAGCUAUCCUUCAAAGCCUACUUC